AUGAAUCAGCAGAUGAUAUCGUAUGAUGGUCUGAAAAAUGAGGAUUUAGUCGAUCGCGAAGCAUGGAAUCAGAUUUUAAUGCGGCAGAUGUCAAUUUUCUGGGACAAAGAUGGCUAUCUCGCGUUUCUAGAUCACAUCGGGAAGGAUAAUCCGUUUUUCGAUCGUGGCAGCGAUAUGGUCAAUGACUUUAAGGGUCCGAUGACACCUGUACGGAAAUGGUCGUAUCUUGAUGCAGAGUUUAGAGAUGUGGUUAUGAAUCUGGCGAGGUUAGAUCCUGAGAGUAGGCUCAGUGCAAGAGAGGCUUUAGAACAUCCGUUCUUUGAUGAUGACAGUACAUUUUAG